AUGGAGAUGAGGCUGCUGGGAGCUGCUCUUCUCCUCUGCCUUGUGGAUGUUCUCCACGCUUUUGCAGUCGAAGAGAAAGGAAAUGUGUUCAAGAGAAGGGCUUGUCCCGCUUUCCUGAUGUUCGAAAACGCUGCUUACUUGGCCGACAUGACCUUCGAGCUCCCAUGCAAGUGCAAGCCCGAGGAGGUCUCUUCUGUCACCUGGUACUUCCAGAAGAGCAUGGGCAGGCGCAAAACCAGAGUCCUGACGGACUUUUCGGGCACUGUCAUUGUCGACUCGGGCCACAUCCGCGUGGGCAGCGACAUGCUCAAGCGUUUCAGCAUCCGCAUGUUCAGCCUCAUCGUCUUCCGAGCCCAGGUGACGGACUCGGGGCACUACCUGUGCGGCACCAAGAGUGGGGACUUGUUUUAUGGCUACGACGUGGACGUGCAGCCCAGCAGGCGCAUCACAGUGGCUUUUCUGGACCAAGGCCAGCAUAUCCAGGAGGAUUACAUCGAGAACCAAUUCAGGCUCUUCACCACCUUCUGGGACUGGACCCGGUGCGACCGCUGUGGGGUGAGAGGUGAGCAGCGGCGCAUCGGGCUCUGCUACGUGCAGAGCACCCAGCUGCACCCCCGGUACCGCACCCCCUGCGGCUCCAGGGCCGCCCCCCCCGCACUUCAGCACCUCAACAACCUGCGGAGACCCGAGGUGGCCAUCCGAAGCUGCGUGACCCCUUGCCCGAAGAAGAAGCUCCCCCAGGAAGGCAUGCAGGCCAUCGCCAAUGUCAUCUUCAAGCUGGGCAAGAAGCCCUGGCUGCCCCACGUGCCCGUGCAGUUUCACAGGCAUCCCAUCGGAAGGCACCUGACCAUCGUGUGCCCAGGAGCCCGGCCUGAGCACGCUGUGGCCUGGGACAAGGACUCCGUCCAGCUCUACCGCUCCCACUACCUCGUCGGCGUCAAAAAGAGCAUGAGGGUCUUCAUCGACCACGGAAACCACCUGCACAUCCAGCGGGUCCAGGUCAGCGAUGGCGGCACCUACUUCUGCUGGCGGGCGGGCGAGAGCUUCCGGCUCACCGUGAUCUAUGAGCGCCGGCGCUCGCGCACAAUCUACGCCACCAAGAUCAUCGGCACGAGCUACGGCGUCCUCAGCGUCAUCUUCAUCAUCAUCCACGUGUGCCACUGCUGCUGGCGGUCGUCACUCACACGGCUCCCAUCGUCCUCCCGUCAGAAAGUUCUACCGUUAUGA